GUUUUGCUUAUAAUAAUCGUAAAACUUGCUCUCGUGAAAUAUUUUGGCAGAAACUCCACUAAUACCCCUCAAGAAGACUUAGAAGAAUUCCUCCUGGAAACAAAAGUGAUUAUUUCCUUGAAUGUAGCAGAAAUUGUGAAUUGUUGUUUCUUCCUGAUAAUCAUUGUAAGAUCCCCAUCAUUCGUCGGUUUCUCAACAGCUCUUAAAGAUCUGUGUCGUCUGCCAAAUUUUUGGACCCUGCUUUUAUUUUUUCUAAUCUAUUUUUUGACUGGUGUCUCAACAAUUAUACAUAUAAUACAUAAUACAAUUAUACCUAUACAAGGUGCACACAAGGUUGAUAGAUUAGUCAUUGUUCAUGGUUCUUGA